AUGUUUCCAGUUGUUGUUGAACGCGAUAAUUUGCAGGUAAUCAAUUCAUCGAUUCCAGUACUAGUAGAUUUUUAUGCAGAUUGGUGUGGACCGUGUCAAAUGAUGGCACCAAGAAUUGAGGCGAAAGUAGUUGGUCGACAAGGACAGGUGUGCCUAGCAAAGGUGAAUGUCGACUAUGCAGCCGAUUUAGCGAUGGACUACGAAGUGCGUGCAGUACCAACAGUGAUCGCGUUCAAGAACGGUGAAGAAGUGGGGCGAUUCGAGGGUGAUCAUGGAGAUGCGCAUUUGGAGGAUUUUAUUAAUGAGCUGUUGACAUCGUGA